AUGGCUACACAAGCCCUCCUGCUCCUGCUCCUGCUCCUCCCCCCUUCCUCCUCCUCCUCCUCCUCCUCAAGAAUGUCUUCGGGCAAGGUAGACUGUGUGAUAGUCGACGAGCAGGACGUGGGGCAGGGAGGCGCGACAGGGGCCAUGGCAGGGCUGCUGCAUCCCCUCACUCCGAGGGGGAAGAAGCUAUGGAAGGGAGACGAGGGAAUGGAGGCUACCAGGAGGCUGCUAAGAGUAGCGCAGCAGUUCUCCGAGGAGGAGGUCUUCUUCAACGGGGAGGGGAGGGGGAUCUUGAGGGUGGUGACCAAAGGGAAGAAGCAGCUCGAGGACUACAAGAAGUCUGCCGCCAUGUUCCCUGCUGAGGUCGAGCUGAAGGAGGUGGACCAGAGCGAGUACCGGGGGCCUUCGGAGAACGUGAGCCAUGCUCUGCUCGUCAAGAGCGGCAUGGCGGUGCGGGGGCCGGUCUAUGCUCGGGCGCUGCUUCGCGCUUGUCAGUCCCUCGGGAACGUGACGUGGCGACGGGAGAGAGUCGAAAGUCUCGCCCAGCUGGACCUUCAGCAGGCAGACGAGCUGGUGAGGGAAACAGAGGGGUUGUGA